GGGAGGGGCCUCCCGUGGGCCGUGGCUCCCUGGACAGACAGGCUAUGGGCCUGGCCAGCAUCUGCCCUUGGUCUCCUCGUGCUGCGAGGGGCUCGGCAUGCCCCAGCCCUCCUCCAGAGGGGCCUGACCCCCAGAGCCGCAGUGGGGAGCCAGGCCUGCCUUUCCCUGCAGGAGUCUCACCAGACAGCGGCCGACUUCCGCCUCUACGUGGAGAACCACACACGGCACCUGGACGAGCGCUGCUGGCCGUGGAGAGCGACACCUUUGGGAGCCACGUUCGCAUCAAGGGCAAGGAGACGGGCUACUACGUCUGCAUGGACAGGAGAGGGAAGGUGCUGGGCAAGCUGGACGGGCGGAGCCGGGGCUGUGUCUUCGUGGAAGAAGUCCUGGAGAACAACUUCACGGCCUUCAUGUCGGCCGGGCACCGGGGCUGGUUCCUGGGCUUCACCCGCAAGGGGCGGGCACAGAGGGGGCCGCGCACCCACCGGACCCAGCGCGAAGGGCACUUCAUGAAGAGGCCCCCCAAGGGCACAGGGGGUGAGGGGCAGAGCCCAUUCCGCUUCACCGCCCUCACCCCGCGGACUAAGCGGGCCCUGGGGCCCUAGAGCCAGGAGCCCGUGCCCACCUGGUGCCCCCAGGCCAUGCCCAGCUCAGCACGGCGAGGAGAUGGGCUCCCAGCAUGCAACGCUCCCCCCGCCAGGCUGGCUUCAGACCCGCGGGGGCAGAACUCCCAGCAUGCAGUUCUGCUGCUCCGGCCACGCCAAGGAGGGGUGGGCUACCAGCCAUGGGGGCGG